CCGAGACAAAGAAUCUGACUCAAAGAGAGCAAGACGAAACAAGCUGACAGGGCGCCAGCAAAACCCCUCCGCUGACUUCUAGUAGCAACACCACUUCUGUCUCAGUUUAAUACAUCAACUUCUACCAUCAGUCCAUGGAAGUUUCUUCAUCCUGAGCAAAGACACGUUUUCACCAAGCUUUAUCAAAAUACCUUCUUUCCAUCCUUUGAAAAUUUCCCCAAUCUUGCCCACCAUGGCCACUGCUCAGUCAAAGGCGAAGGCAAAGACAAAGGCAAUGAAGGCCACAAUUACGCAAGCCUCUCUAUUGGAGGCUAGUCGAAAACGGCCAGCCUCAAGCACACCUCCGGCAGAAGCUCACUUUACCAGUCAGGCGAGGGCCAAGAAGACGAAAGGAGACCCAGACGAAGGCAUUCAGGACUCCAAAGAGGAGCCCCCCUCUGCCAAACCAGUCAAUAUUACAGCCGAGGAUCGGGAGAAGCACAUCAAGGAGCUAGAGAAGCUGGUUGAGGACCUAAAGUCGACCGUCUCAGCAAUGAGAUUGGACAGAUCGUACAUGCAUGGGACUUACAACAACUGGCCCCCAAUCUCCAUUGCGGAAUGGCCAGAGAAGUUAGUUGGGCUAUUGUCCACUUGCAACGAUUGGAAAUACGAGUUUGGCUUCCGUUCCUCCAAGGGCAAAUACGAACACCUGUCUAAAGAGCAAAAGAAGCAACUCAUUGCUAACAUGGAGGGGUAUGUCAUCCAAGAUGACUUUGACAAGAUCGUCCCGCGGCUGCCCCCUAAUGUACGCUGCAAUAUCCUGGCAAUCUUUGCCGGGAUAAUCGUGGCCAAGGAGAUUUUCAGUCUUUUCUUCACAAAUCCGUUCUGGUACCUGGAAUGGCCCGAUAGUCGGAGCUCAAACGAUGGCGAAGGGCCUGGUGUAGAGACGCCUUUUGGUGCGCAGCUCAACCACUUAUACCAAAUUUUCCUCGACACGGACGCACAGCUUGCUCGUCACUGGCGGGCCCAAACAACACGCCUUUCCAAUGCGUCCAACCUUUUGCUGAGCCCCAAUCCCGCCUUUGGACUUAAGAACCUGGCCCUCCGAGAGGCCAAGGUCAAGCAAGUUGCUGCCGCUAGACUGGCCGACAAGAGCUUUCAGUGCCUGCUCAAAGACAAUGAGGACGAGGGUCGGAUUCAAGAUAGAGAGAUAUUUCUCAGCAGCCUUUACAAGAAGGGGGCUGAGUUAGCAGUGGCGAUGGCCACAUCACAACCGGACCUGGAAUGGCGAACUCUAGAAGAUUUCCCGCCCCUAUUUCAUUGUAGCUCAAAGGAGAUUGAGGCAGCCCACAUCCAUGGGCUCAGGGAACGGGAGUCGAGACUUAAUGGGCAUCGAGUGCUCGCCGUUACUGAACCAUCUUUCUGGCAAGUUGGAGGAUGGAACCGAGAUGGCAAGGAUAAAAUUAUCUAUAAAGGCAGUGUUCUUGUGGAUGACCCCAUAGGACUUCCCGAAGAUGCUCUCUCGACGGAUGAAGAUGUGAGGGCGAAAAGGAAGCAGAGGCAGGCCAAACGGGCGGCCAAGAAAGCUGAGGAAGGCGACAAAGAGAAACCACCACCGAAAGGCAAGGCAAAGAAGGCGACCAAGAAGAGAACUUGAAAAGGAACCAAAGCCAUGGUCAUUUUGACUUGCUUAAUCAUUUGUUGUAUCUGUUUUGUUGCUAGUAUUGCUUCGUGAAUUCUGUUAUCGUUUUCCUGCUCUGGUUUUGUAUUCGCGGAUCCAUGAUAUGACGACCACCGCCACUGGUUUUAGACUACGCCACCCUGCUUGACUACUUCAGCGGUUUUUGGAAAUACCAAUCAGAUUAAG